UACAGCACAUUUCACAGAUCAGCUUCCAGCCUUGAAGUUAGUGAAGAAGCAGAGAACAAGAAGGGAAGAAGGACGAACGUGUAGGAGCCACUAUGAGAGCAAGUUAUCGGCUCCCUCUGGUGCCCUUGUUGCUGCUGUGGGCCGUUUGCAGCAUGGUACAGGUGCAGGCGGAGGUCAAGGCAGUCAAGCUCUGCGGCCGUGAGUUCAUCCGGGCCGUGGUCUACACCUGCGGAGGCUCCAGGUGGAGAAGGCUGCUUACACCACAAAAUGAUGUGUUUUCUCUUGCAGAGCAGAGCAGUGCUGAGGAGCUGAGUGAGAGCACAGGGUCUGAUCUGUCAACACGAGACCUGAACCCCAUGAUGACCAACGUAUGCUGUCAGGUGGGCUGCCGAAAGAGUGACCUCUCUCUCCUGUGCUGAGGACCAGACACACUCUCUUCAGAAGUUCACAAGCUCUACAGUGUGUGUGUGCGUGAGAGAGAGAGAUCUUCCGGGCAUUAUUUAAGAUCAGCUGUCUUUCUGUUCAUGGUAUCAAACAUAAUUGGUGAAUCAGUAAGUGUGCCCAUACAGUAAGACAUAAAAACAAGCAUUAUGCAUCUUGCUUUGUUCAAAUGCUGUGUUAAAUGUUAUAGGAGUGCUUGGAUUGUGGAGAAAAAAAAAUACAAUGACAGGUUUUGUGUUCAAUUCAAUGUCAAGUGUCUACAAGAGUGUUGAAGAACCAUAAAGUUUGAUUGUAAUGUAUAUUUUGACAUUUUUUGUCUAAUAAAUGUUACAGCAUAA